CACUAUCCCUCUCACACUUCUGAGCAGAUCUAACAGAUCCAUCUAACAAACAGGACAAAAUGUGGCUGUCUGUGUUUUCUUUGUGGGGCAGUCUGCUAACAUUAGUGGCGUCUCAGAGCUGUCCGGAUCCAUCUGAACACAGCGCUUCAUGGGUGAGGUUAAAACCUCUAGGGCAGUGCAAGGAUGGGGAAAGUACAUGCCCUUAUAGUAUCUCUCUUCCUCCUCUCACUGUCCAGCUUCCCAAGUCCUUCAGGGAGUUGGAGAAGAUGGCCAGAGAACUGCAAAGCCUGACACGGAUGGUGAACCAGCUCAAAGAGGACUGUCGUGAGUGUAAGGAGAGACAAGGAAUGGAUUGGAACAAACGGACAAAUAAUGAAGAGGAGGAUAGAGAAAGGAUUCAAGCUUCUAGAGGCACUCUCAACACCAAAGGAAGACAGCAGGACAUAGCAAAGAGACAGAGACCAGUUCAAGUGACCAUUUCAACAUCUGCGGUGAAAGACCCUAAAAUUAUCAGCAGUGAUGAAAUGGAAGAAAAUCCAACAGCUUUUGGAAAACAAAGGAAUACCAAACAGGGGAUGAAUGUAAACCCACCAACUACUAAACCAAGGGCUGAGACCAACGAAGGGCCAAAAGGAUCUAAUUCUUCACAAAAAAAUAUGACAAAUAGGAGCAGGUUUGAAGAGGUGCCCUCAGUUACAACCACAAAAAAGACGACUCUACAGUCUCCAAUGGAUACAUUAUAUGAAUCAUCAUUCCCUGGAGAUCUGGACAGUGAACAACCUACACAGCAUGAAAAACAUAAGGCCAGCAAAAUCGAAGUUGGAUAUAAUAUGAACCCUAGUGGAACCCUCACUGCAAAAGGCAAGGUGAAGAGUAUUCCUGAAUACCAGGUGGAUACUAUAGUUACGGAUGAUGAUGAUGAUGAUGAUGAUGACACUGAAGAUGGUUAUGUAGAAACAAAGCAAGUGAAGACACCAAAAAGUGAUACGGUACUGGUGGAAAGACGACUGGUGACGGGUGGCACUGAUGCUCCAAACAACAGAGAACCUGAACCAAACAUGAAACAACUUACCAGAAAACAACAGGAAGAAGAGGGCAAAAAAGGACAUUCAAGACCUAGCACAGCUGACACAAUCAGAGGACAAAAGAAGUUAUCAUCUCCCAUCACAGACAAAGCUAGUGCCUCAGUUAAUGUAAGUCAAAUUAAUUCACAAACACUGGAAAUCAAAUCUAAAUAUGGAUUUAAACCUGAUACGAACGCAGAUUCAGAGAAAGAUGCUGGAAUGAAUUUAAACCCAGUUUAUAAUGUUGAUACAAUUAGUGGAGUUAAGAAUUCAAGAAAACCCACCUUACGGAGAACUAAUGUCACAGCUCAUGUUAAGCCAAAAAAUCCCAAAAUACAGAAAACUAACUUUCAGACCCUAUUCAAACCUAGAUCGGAUGCAGAAGGUAAUACUGGAGUAAUGCUGAACAAUUCAGGAUUACCCAUCUCAGUCAUAACUGAUGACAUAGUUGAUGUAAGUCUACCAAAUCCACAAAUCCUAGACAAUAACAAUCAAUUCGAAGCAGACACAGAUUCAGAGAGUGAUACUGGAAUUGCAGUUAAUAACAGUGAGACAGUCACUGGACUAAAAAAUUCAAGAUCACCCAUCUCAGACAGCGCUAAUAGCAUAGCUUAUGUAGCUCCAGAUGGUUCAAAAAGACAGAGUAGUAACUCUCAAUCCUCCUUAAAAUAUAGCAAAUAUGAAGAACAUGACACUGGAAUGAACUCAAAUCCAGUCAAAAAUAUUAAGACAGUAAGUGGACAAGAUGUGUUACAAUCACCCAUUUCUGGCACAGAUGAUGGCAUAGUUAAUGUAAGUCCAACAACUACACAAAUAGUAGAGAGUAGAAAACAAUCGAGAACUCACACAGAUUCAGAGACUGAUGCUGUAAUGUUUUCAAAGCCAGUUAAUAACGAUACAGUGAGUGGGCUAAAGAAUUCAACAUUACUCAUCUCACAUAGAAUUAAUGCGACGGUUGAUCUAAAUCUAAUAAAUCCAAAAACACAGUCCAGUUACUCUCAAACCUCAUUCAAAUCUAGUACAGAUGCCGAGCAUCAUAUGAAUUCAAAUCCAGUCAACAAACUAAAUAAUUCGAGAUCGCCCACCCCAGGCAUAACUGAUGGCACAGUUGAUGUAAGUCCAACCAAUCCACAAAUAAUGCACAGCAAAAACCAGGUCAAAGCUGGCUCGGGUUCAGGGAGUGAUGCUAGAGUGGGUUCACACCCAGUAAAUAAUUCUGAGACAAUCCGUGGACAAGAGAUGUCAAGAUCUGACGCUAUAGGUGAUGUAGGUCUAACAUAUCACAGCAAAAGUAAGUUUAAAGCUGGUGCAGAUUCAGAGAGUUAUGCUGUAAGUGACCUAUACACAGUCCAUAAUGUCGCUACAGAUAGUGGAUCAAAGAAUUCAGGGUCAUCCAUCUCAGACAUAACAGAUGCAAGUGAAGUAAAUCAAACAUAUACAGUAACACUGGAUGGUACUUUUACAAAUCAACUACAACCUGGGACAGAUAAGGAGAGGAAGCCUGAAAUAGAUUCAAACCCCCUUAUUAAAGUUGAUACAAAGAAGUCUUAUCCUUAUCAAAAUCACUCGACUGAUGAGACAUCAGAAAUACACAUCUCUGAUUCCAGACUUAAUGUAAAUGAUACAAAUCCCCGUCUGUAUAGUAAUGAUCACCUACCCAAAAGACAGCUCCUGCCAAAAUCAAAACUUAACAUGACACAAUCCAGGAAUGGACAGAUUAAGAGUUCAAACCCAGGGAGUAUAGAUUCUGAAAGACAAAAGACAUUAAGGAACAACAAAACUACAGCUUUGAGAAAGUAUGCGAUAACAAGUGGCAGGCACCUGCCCACUGGACUUCUUCCUAGGAGGCCAGAGAAGCAGAAAGACAUCACAAAUCAACCAGAAAGAACCAAUCCUGGAAUGAGCCCAAGUAAGGAUCCUAGACGUAGAAAACCAUAUAUUUGGCAAAGAAGACCAGUCAAUGAAAGUAAAGCAUUCGGUUCGAGUGACCCAAAAUACACAAGUGGGCAGGGUAAUUAUACAACACGUAUUGUGAAAACGCGUGUUUAUUCUGAAACUGUAUCCAGCCAUAAUAAUGUGUUAAAUAGUACAGCUCAUAUAAAAAGUGCAAAAACUGCCCCUGCAGUCGAAGUAUUAGACAUGGUUAAUCGCCAGAGUGAAAGCACCUCUCAAACUGCUGUGACCGAACAUGAAAAACUGGGUGGAAGUUCACAACAGGAUCUUGUUUUGGACAUAGUAAAUAACAUUGGAAGGGACUCACAACCACCUGUUUUGGAAGAGACAAAAGGCAACAACAGAAGAACAGCAGAAACCCCAUUUAAAUCUAGCAGUGUACAGACCAACCAGGAAAAACAUAAAAAAACACUCAGAGAAGGAGGCACUCGAAUUCCUGAUGGGAUGAUACCUUUAACUGUGGCAAGGCAUGAUAGGAAUGAGUUAAACUAUCCAACAACUACAACCACCUCAUACACAAUGAAAACAGAGUUUAAGGACAAACACAGCACAAUGUCUCAGUUUACUCCUCCUAUUAUAACAACACCACAUUUUAUGGAUCAAGACCAUGCAGAAAAAGCCAAAACCACUUCUAGAGUUAAAGUGUCGAAUAAACAUGUUCAUCACAGACUCAAAAACCCCGGCCAGGAAAUGGAGUCCAAAAAAUCUCAUAGUGACACUGGAAACAAAGAAUUGCAGAAUGCGAGAAAUGGUCAAGAAUCCAGUGAGUCAAUAGUUUUGAGACCCAACUUCUCAGACAGCAACCAAAAUGGAACAGCUGGCUCAACAGGUAUCAUUAUGGACUUAGUCAAGUCAAUUGCCGGCUCAAAGGUGUCAACAAUAUCUACAGAAAGCACCGAUGAAAACAGAGCAAGAGACUCUGACUCAGUAAAGGGCAAUAACGGAGGACAUUCAGUUGAUACAAAUAAUGGGAAAUCUUACCCAGUUGCUGUAGACAUAAUAACAGGGGAAACCUUAUACAAAAUCCCAGAUGGGCAAACCAACAGUGGAGAUAACAAGAAACCACUUACUGUUAACAACGUGAAUGAAAGACAGGGCUUGGAAAAGCAGCUGCUCAGCAACUGUCAUGGUGAUUGUGAUCUCAGUCCAACUCCUUGGUCAGAACGCAACAGCCAUGAAUCAUUAAACAAUGACAGAGAUAAAUCUUCCCAAGACUGUUCUGACUUCAUCAUGAGAAACCCAACAAGUGGCAUCUACAAUGUGACACCAACCAUAUCAGGCAACAGGACUUUUCCUGUCUUCUGUGACAUGAAGUCCUCUGGUGGAGGUUGGACUUUAAUUCAGCAUCGCUUUGAUGGGAGCAUCAGCUUCAAUCGUACAUGGAAUGACUAUAAGAACGGUUUUGGUAACUUAAAGGGUGAGUUCUGGCUAGGUAAUGAAAAGAUCCAUUGGCUGACAUCAACUAAAGCCAUGGUACUGCGCAUUGAAUUUGAGGAUCUAGAUGGGAUAAAGGACUAUGCCCAGUACGACCACUUUCAUGUGGCCAAUGAAAGCCAGUACUACAGGUUGAUGAUAGAAGGAUACUCAGGCACAGCCGGAGAUGCUAUGCGGUACAGCAAAAUGUUCAACCACAACGGAAAGAACUUCACCACUCCAGAUAGAGACAAUGAUCAAUACACCUCAGGAAACUGUGGCGCCUACUACAGCUCUGGAUGGUGGUUUGAUGCAUGCAUGGCUGCAAACCUAAACGGGAAGUAUUAUGAGACAAGAUAUAAAGGAGUGCGAAAUGGCAUCUUUUGGGGCACAUGGCAUAAUAUUUCCAGUGAGUCCUAUCUAACCCAUGACCGGCAAUCUUUUAAGACUGUUAGAAUGAUGAUCAGACCGAGGACAGGGCUUUUGAUGGACUAGUUGAUGUUGAUGUUGAGAAAAUCAAAAGGACAGCUGUUUCCCUGCCACUUUGAGAAAGAAGUUGUCCAUGCACUAGAUGUGCUUGGAUAAUUCUUGGAGAAAAUUCCUCUUUCUCUUUUAACAGAUUGUUGUGCACUAUUUUAAUAUUAUCUAGUUCUAGGACAUUAAGACAACGGUUUACAAUUUGGUCCAUUUUAUUUUUUUGAUGCAGAGGGCCAGAGCAGAUAUAGAGUAAAUAUUUAUUAAGGGGACUUUAUAGUUAUAUUUACUUACUGGUGAAUUAAAUGAUUGAAGACAGUAGUAAAGUAGAAGGUAGUAAAUGUGAGGUGUAUAUGUGAACAAGUUAGAAAUUGUGUCCUGUGUCCAAAAGAUAUCUAAAAGAUGUUGUUUUAUUUAAAGCAAAACCACCCUCCUAUCUGACAUUUCUCUGGAUUGUUGGAAUAAAUAUAUUUUUCUGUGCAUUAGAGUGAAAAAUAAAACCCUACAGGAAACAGAACCAAAUGUUCCUAAAUGUAAAAUAAAAGGGAUUAUCAUAUUUUAAGACAAUGUUUUAAAAUACAAGAAUCUGUUGAGGAGCAUAAACAGUGUUGAAUGAACGAAUUAAUGUUGUUUAUAUAAUACAUCCAAUUACUAAAUGUAUAAUGUUAAUUGAUGAUUUUCUUCUAUCUCAUUGAAUAUAAGCUCUUUAUUUACAUGUUUUAUUUCUGAAAUCAUAUUUCUUCUAAGCUAACCAUUGUAAAUGUAUGUAAUGGGUUGAACAUGUUUUAUUAAUACGUGUCGACAUUAAAGCUUUUCUAUGACUAUAUCAGGGAUGGUAUAAUGUACAAUGAAGUCAUUUUCAAAUAAAAAAAGAUAAACACACCAAA